CUGUGACAAUGGAGCCAUUCUGUGUGAUGAGAUUCAGUGUCUUGAAGCACUGGAAUGUGAAAACCCACAGGCUCCUCCUGGAGAAUGUUGUCCUAUGUGUCCAAACACAGCCCGGAAUGGAUUUGAAGGUUCUAUUGGUAGAGGACUGAAGGGUCAAAAAGGAGAACCUGGAGUAGUACCAGUGGUUACAGGUGUAAGAGGACGGCCUGGACAACCUGGACCUCCAGGUUCACAAGGACCAAGAGGAGCUCGAGGACCAAAAGGAAGACCGGGUGCCCGUGGUCCUUCAGGAGUGGAUGGGGAACCUGGUGUACCUGGACAACCUGGUGAUCCUGGGCCUCCUGGACAACCAUCUACAGGGCCAGAUGGCAUAGGCAGACCAUUUGCAUCUCAGAUGGCAGGGCCGGAGGAUGCAUACUCACCAAUGAUGAUGCCUGGUCCAGUGGGUCCUGUGGGUCCAAGAGGAUCUCCAGGUCAUCAGGGGAAACCAGGUGGUAUUGGGCCCCCAGGUCCUCCAGGUGAACCUGGUGAUUCAGGACCCAUGGGUCCACCUGGUGUUCGUGGCCCAGAAGGUCCUCCAGGAAAACCUGGUGAAGAUGGUGAAUCUGGCAGACCAGGGCAAUCUGGAGAAGUUGGAUUUUCAGGAUCUCCAGGCGCUCGAGGUUUUCCUGGUGCACCAGGUCUUCUAGGUUUAAAGGGCUUUAGAGGAGAGAAAGGACUUGAAGGCCCUAAAGGUGAAAUUGGAGCUCCUGGAUCUAAGGGUGAAUCAGGUCCAUCAGGGCAGAUGGGUGCAACAGGUCCUGUGGGUCCCCGAGGGAUGGCAGGAGAAAGAGGACGACUUGGACCACAGGGUGCUCCAGGGGCUCGUGGUUCACAUGGUAUGCCUGGGAAGCCAGGGCCACCAGGUCCUCUCGGUAUAGCUGGUUCACCGGGUUUUCCUGGCAUACCUGGCAUGAAGGGCGAAGCUGGUCCAACAGGUGCACGUGGUCCAGAAGGUCCUCAAGGACAAAGAGGAGAAACAGGUCCUCCAGGUCCCCUAGGAUUAUUUGGUCUUCCUGGUGCUGUAGGUACAGAUGGUUCCCCAGGUGCUAAAGGGCCUAGUGGAUCUCCAGGAACUUCAGGGCCACCUGGCUUAACAGGUCCACUUGGUUCUCCAGGACCACAAGGAAGCACAGGUCCUCCUGGCAUUCGAGGACAAACGGGAGAUCCUGGUGUUCCAGGGUUCAAAGGAGAAGCUGGGCCCAAAGGAGAACCAGGUCCCCACGGCCCCCAAGGACCAAUUGGACCUGUUGGUGAAGAAGGGAAAAGAGGUCCUCGUGGUGACCCAGGAUCAGUCGGUGUUCCUGGAUCUGUUGGAGAGAGGGGUCCUCCUGGCAACCGUGGCUUUCCAGGAUCUGAUGGUUUGCCAGGGCCGAAGGGAGCUCAAGGAGAACGUGGUCCUGCAGGGGCUCCAGGCCCUAAAGGAAGCCAAGGGGAUCCUGGUCGCACGGGUGAACCUGGUCUCCCAGGUGCCAGGGGUCUGACAGGAAAUCCAGGGGUCUCAGGUCCAGAAGGGAAACCUGGUCCUUUGGGUGCUCCAGGAGAAGAUGGUCGGCCAGGCCCAGCAGGUUCAAUUGGAAUUAGAGGCCAGCCAGGUAGCAUGGGUCUCCCUGGGCCAAAAGGCAGUAGUGGGGAUCCUGGAAAACCUGGAGAAGCGGGAAAUGCUGGUGUCCCAGGGCAGAGAGGGGCACCUGGUAAAGAUGGUGAAGUUGGCCCUGCUGGUUCUGUUGGUCCCCAUGGACCAGCAGGAGAAAGAGGAGAACUAGGUCCUCCAGGUCCUACAGGCUUUCAGGGUUUACCUGGUCCUCCAGGCCCUCCAGGGGAAGGGGGAAAGCCAGGUGAUCAGGGUGUUCCCGGUGAUCCUGGAGCGCCAGGGCCCUUAGGUCCAAGGGGAGAGCGUGGCAAUCCAGGUGAAAGAGGAAACCCAGGAUCAUCUGGUCUUCAGGGAGAAAAGGGUAUGGCUGGUGGUCAAGGUCCUGAUGGUCCAAAGGGUAAUCCAGGCCCCUCGGGAACCCCAGGGGAUCAAGGCCCUCCUGGUCUUCAGGGAAUGCCUGGAGAAAGGGGUCUGGCUGGAACCCCUGGCCCCAAAGGUGAUCGGGGCAGUGUAGGAGAAAAAGGAGGCGAAGGCACAGCUGGCAAUGAUGGGGCCAGAGGACUCCCAGGUCCAUUAGGGCCUAUUGGCCCUGCAGGUCCGGCUGGUGAAAAGGGUGAACCUGGUCCUCGAGGUUUAGUUGGCCCUCCAGGCUCCCGUGGAAAUCCUGGUUCCCGUGGUGAAAAUGGCCCUACUGGCCCAGUUGGAUUUGCUGGCCCUCAGGGUCCUGAUGGUCAACCUGGUGUGAAAGGGGAGCCUGGGGAGCCUGGGCAGAAAGGAGAUGCUGGAUCCCCAGGACCUCAAGGUCUUGCAGGUUCUCAUGGUCCACCAGUAAGUAAAAACAGCACUGAAAUAAAAUUCUGCUCUAUCAUUUUUUUUGGGGGGGGGCAACUGAAUAUUUAUCUUCUUUUUCUUAUUCCCACUCAGGGCCCUUCUGGGGUUCCUGGACUCAAAGGAGGCCGUGGUACAAAAGGACCACCCGGUGCUACAGGUUUUCCUGGAUCUGCUGGAAGGGUUGGACCCCCAGGACCUACGGGAGCUCCUGGUCCAGCUGGGCCUCUUGGUGAACCAGGCAAAGAAGGUCCUCCAGGUGUUCGUGGAGAUCCUGGUGCUCAUGGUCGAGUAGGAGAUAGAGGGCCAGCAGGACCACCUGGCAGUCCUGGAGACAAAGGAGACCCAGGAGAAGAUGGACAACAUGGUCCUGAUGGCCCCCCAGGUCCAGCUGGAACUACUGGGCAGAGAGGCAUUGUAGGAAUGCCAGGCCAACGUGGAGAGAGGGGCAUGCCUGGCCUGCCAGGUUCUGCAGGAACUCCCGGAAAACAAGGUCCAACAGGACCACCAGGGGACAAGGGUCCUUCUGGGCCCAUAGGUCCUCCAGGUGCCUCUGGUCCAGUGGGUGAAGCAGGACCAGAAGGUCCUGCUGGUAAUGAUGGGACUCCUGGGCGAGAUGGAGCUGUUGGUGAAAGGGGUGAUCGUGGUGAGCCUGGACCUUCAGGACUUCCUGGUUCUCAGGGUAUUUCAGGCACCCCAGGGCCAGUUGGACCUCCAGGGGAUCCAGGACAAAGAGGUGAACCAGGUUCACGAGGCCCAGUAGGUCCUCCUGGUCGUGCUGGAAAACGAGGUUUGCCCGGUCCCCAAGGUCCUCGUGGUGACAAAGGUGACAAUGGUGAUAGAGGUGACAGGGGACAGAAAGGACAUCGAGGUUUCACUGGCCUUCAGGGUCUCCCUGGACCUCCUGGACCUACUGGUGAACAAGGCAGUGUUGGAAUUCCAGGCCCAUUUGGCCCAAGAGGUCCUCCAGGUCCAGUUGGACCUUCAGGUAAAGAAGGAAAUCCUGGACCACAUGGACCAGUUGGGCCUCCUGGUGUAAGAGGAACUUUAGGAGAAGCAGGACCUGAGGGUCCUCCUGGUGAUCCUGGCCCUCCAGGCCCACCAGGUCCCCCCGGCCACCUUACUGCUGCAAUUGGUGACAUUAUGGGACAUUAUGAUGAUGGUCUAGCAGAUCCACUACCAGAGUUCACUGAAGAUGAAGCUGCUCCAGAUGACAGCAAUAAAACAGAUCCAGGAGUCCACGCCACACUGAAGUCACUGAGUAGCCAGAUCGAAACAAUGCGUAGUCCUGAUGGAUCCAAGAAACACCCAGCCCGUACUUGUGAUGAUUUAAGGCUAUGCCAUCCAUCCAAAAAGAGUGGAGAAUUUUGGAUUGACCCUAAUCAGGGCUGUGUGGAAGAUGCGAUCAAAGUAUUCUGCAAUAUGGAAACAGGAGAAACAUGUAUAGCUGCAAAACCAGCUAUUAUUCCACGUAAAGUGUGGUGGACAAGUAAGUCGUCUGAUCUAAAACCAGUAUGGUAUGGACUUGAUAUGAACAGAGGUUCACAGUUUGUUUAUGGUGAUCAUCAAUCGCCCAACACAGCGAUCAUACAAAUGACUUUCCUGCGCUUACUCUCCAAAGAGGCCUCUCAGAAUAUCACCUACCAUUGCAAAAACAGUAUAGGUUACAUGGAUGACCAAGCUAAGAACCUGAAGAAAGCUCUGGUGCUGAAGGGAGCCAAUGACCUUGAGAUGAGAGCUGAAGGAAAUAACCGUUUUAGAUACAGUGUCCUCUCUGACACCUGCUCUAAACACAAUGGAAAAGUGGGCAGCACAGUCUUGGAAUACAGAACACAGAAUGUGGCACGCUUGCCUGUCGUUGAUAUUGCCCUGGUAGAUGUUGGAGGUGCAGACCAAGAAUUUGGAAUAGAGAUUGGACCAGUUUGUUUUGUGUAAAAAAAAUAAAGAAGCAAAUAAGUAAAUACUUAAAUAAAUAAACGGGCUUAUCUUUUCAAAAGCAUUGGGGAUGACAGCAGCAGCAACAGAACGCAAGAACUUAGACUGAGUGAAGUUAAUCCUGAGACUCUUGAAGCUAUAGCUGAUAAUGCAAUCAGCAAUGUAUAUAACAGUUCUUUCUAACUCCCUGGGCUUCUUUAGUGUAUUUAUUUUACUUACAAAUCUUCAGUCUCACUGUCUAAGUCAACAUUUUAAUGAAGUAAAUCCUAUUUUAAAAUGACAAGUGACCACACCUGGAUCUAAAAUAACAAUAAUAAUUCAAAGCUAAUCUUUGUUUCCUAAUUAGAAAUGGUAACAAUGAUUUUUUGGAGGUUCUGCUCAACUUAAAAAAGUGUCAUUCAUAUAAUGGAAGUACGCUAAACAGCAGUAGAAAAUAAGUAAGAGAUUCAGAUGUUCACCAUGUCAAGAUUACCACUCCACCAAUGCAGUGCCAUAAGGCACCUCCACGGGCAGUCUUGGCCCUGUGCUCAAACUGUUGUAGCAUCUGUAUGAUCCCAUACUAUCCUCUGUUUGUCAGCUGAGCCACUUUAUUUCCAGUUCAGAGGCUGUGCAUUUCAAAUCACAGUUGAAACAAUUUCCCUUUUGACAUACAGAUGUUCUGGAGAGUGGUUUCUCUUUGGUCGCAUCACCCCAGCUCCUGAACUCCACCCAGUCUCUUCCAAUAGAGAUUCAGCCACUGUGACAUCUUAACAAAUGCGAUUAUCUUACAGAACCUUAAAAUACAGAACCUUAAAAAGGGACACUCCACAGCCCUUCCCCAAGAAAGCAUGAGGAUUUGGGGGGAAAUCCUUGGAGAAAUGCAGACAACAUGAAAUUCAGAUGUGUUGGGGCACUGAUUGAAUAUCAUAUUUUGCUGCCUGCUCAGAUAAAGAGUACACAGAUUGGCUCAGAAUUAGCUCAUGGUUUCUAGACCAGGAGCGGUGAAGAUGAUCCAUGGGUCAGCUUCAAAUAGAUUCUUAGGAACUGGGGAAUGAACAUGGUGGCAAGAACAACCCAUAGAUUGCAACAAUAAUAAUGUGAUCCUGUAUUAUCUAUUUAGAAGCAACUCCCACUGAGUUCAGUGGGCUUUGUUCCUGGAUAAGUAGGUAUAGGUUUGCCAGGUGGUAGAUAUUGGAAGCUGGCUACACUCUUGAGGAAGAUCAUUAUUCACAUUAUUGAAGCCACUCCCUAAAAAAUGUAUUUCUGCAACCAGUCACAGCAGAUGAUGGAAGUGAAUCAGUCUUCCUCAACAUGAUGUAUUCCAAGUAUGUUGGAUGUCAAAUCCUUUAAUUCUGCAAUCAGCAUUGGUGACCAUGGAAACUAAACAUCUGGACAAUAGGUUGAGAAAGAUUGAAGAAGGUAAUAUUUAUGUUUUUAAGGCUUAUAAUUCUAAGGUGUCCCAGAAUUCAGAGCAUGCUAUCUCAUUCCAUAAAUUUAUAAUCCAAAAAAUGUGCUUUCCAAAAUAAGUUUCAGAAUCAACACUUAAAGAUGUUGGUUGAGGAGAGGAUUAGUUGUUGACUUAAUGAGCAGCCAACCUCUAAUGAACAAUUAUCUCUUGAAAGUAAUAAACAGUAGACUAUUAAAUUUUUCAUGUGGUCAAAGUUGAAAUUUCUAAAUGACUUCAGUGACAUCAGAAUUCCCCUAAUGCAGCCUUUCUCUAUCUGAGCACCUUCUAGGCAUAUUUGUUUCCACUCUGAGAAUACCCAAGCCAGCAGGGCCAUUACUGAGAAUUUUUGUGGUUGGAGUGGAUACAACAUGGAGAUUGUGGAAGGCUGCCCCAACUGCUUCAAGUGUAUUGUCCAGUUAUGUGUGUUGUCAUUUAUUCCCAUGUAUUAAUCCCAAAUCAGGUAUUAACAUAAUAUUAGAGUUUUACUGUGGCGGAGAUAAAUGUUUCACUUAACAACUGGUCAUGCAUCAUCAGAAAUUGUGACAUUGCAUGUCUUGAUUUAUUAGGACAAACCAAUGGUCCAUAAUUUCUUAGCAUGAGCUACCUCAUCUCUAGAAGCUGGGAUGCAUUUAAUAAUCUAGUAUUGAUUCUAGAUACGACAAGGUGCUAUGCUUCUGUUUUAAUUCCAAGAAUGGAGAUACGCAGGGCAAUAUAAUAAUGAAGUAAUAAUAAUUAUUAAAAUGUUUUCUUUUUGAAAAAAGGGAAUGGUGCUAAAAUGGUUUCUGUACAAUCCUGCAAAAAUAAAUUUAUUGUCAUCAACCUUUUCUUUUUUUUAAUAGAAUUUAGUUACUACAUUUUUAGUGUCUGGGAAAAAUUCUUAUACAUUAUGUUUUUCCUCUUAUGGUUUUAUGAUCUACAGAAUGGGGUGUACAUCACCAUAUUUUUCUUUCCAUGGAGCAUGUGGCUACAAGCCUAGUUCUUCAGUUGGUUUCUUUGUUGAAGACCUAUGUUCUCCUGUUUCUUGUUUGUUUGUUUUUAUAAAUAAAUAAACACACACACACACACACAAAAAGAAAAGCCAUACGCAUAGCUUUAUUCAUGUAUCUUUGCAAAGCAUUUAAUUAAAUACAAGUUUCAUGUUGA